AUGGUAUACUUUACUGUUGUGUCAAAUCAUGGUAGUUAUAGAACAACUUCUCAUAAAUUCAAAUUGGUUUUUCUUCAUCGAACCACUGUUGUAGCUGUUGAUGAAGAUGUUAUCUCAAAAACUUGUUUCAACAUGUUUUCUUUUUCUGACCUGCUAAACAUGACCCAAGAUUAUGAUUUUUUGGUUGACGUCAUUGAUCUUUUAACUUCGAUGGGAGAAGAGAAAGAAUAUGCAAAAGAGGAAAAAAUCGUGAAAAUGAUCGUGCUGAAAUUAACUUCAAAAAAUCUUAUAAUGCGUUGUGCAUUGUUUGGGGACUAUGUUAAUCAAGUAAAUCAUUUCCUAGUCUCUGGCUAUGUGGAGCAGCUUGUUGUUGUCAUUCAACUUGCCAAGAAUCGUAAUUCGUUGAAUUGUCAAGUAGGUCUCCAAAAUGUGAUGUAUGCCAUUCAAAUGUUAUUUAAUCCUGAUCUUUCUGAAGUUGUUGAAUUCAGGCGGAGUAUGAUUGAGCAAGGUGUCAAAGGUACCCAGCCAUUGUUUAUUGCAAAUGAGGGUAAAGUUGUUUCUUUAAAAGAUAAUUUCAUGCGCUUAACUAGAAGACGCACUAUUAAAGAGCUUCAAGAUAACAAUGAGGAUAUCUAUCCUCAAAAUGGUGCAUACUACUGUGAUUUCUGUGUGAAGCAUAUAACUAAUGUCACUCCGAGAUUUAAAAUUAAAAUAACACUUGAAGAUCAUAGUGGGGAGGGUAUUUUCGUUCUCUUUGAUCGUGAAGCAUCUUAUUUGUUUAAGAAAUCAUGUGCUGACCUGUUUAUUGAGGUUCAAAAAAAUGCAAGUCUUAUAUAUGAGGAUACUUAUCCUCCCAUAUUCCAAGCGCUCAUUAGAAAAAAUUUGCUGCUGAAGGUUGAUAUCAAAGGUGUCGGACUUGAUAAAUUUUUUGGCAUUUUCCGAGUUAGGAGAGUAUGUGAUGAUCCAACCAUUAUUACUAUGUUUGAACUUUCUGAUUAUGAUGCUGAUGAUGAGUCUACUCUAAAAAAGGUUACAUAUACAUAUAAGGAUACUGAUAUUAAGAAUGAGUCAUCAAGCACUUCUAUCAAAAGUGACAAUGUUGCUGUUGAGCCUUCUGGGAUUUUAUCUAAAUCCCCAGUUCUUAUAGAUUUUCUGGCUGAAAAACAACGUGAUGUUUAUGGAGGGAUUGAGGUUGUUGCUUUAAUUAAUGGUGAAAAUGAAAAAGUUGAGAAAACACCCAAGAAUGAUACCUUUAGAGAUGACUUUUCUUCUGAACUAGAUAUAUUGCUUAGCUCACCAGUGAAAAAAACUCAGGAGGUGUUCUCCCAAGUUCUAAAUGCAUGUUUCCACUAUAGAGAGAAGGUUAUUCGUGAAGAUCAUGUUGUCACUUCCAAGGGCAAGAGGAAUUUGAAUCCCCAAUUUGAUGAGGCGGCUAAUGGUCUUCAUCAAUAA